UACCUCCUUUCGCGUACAAAACGUACGUGGGGACCACUGGGGCUGGACUUCAGAAACUCUCAGCGUGGGCCACGGGACCCUUUGUCACAAGGAGCAAUGCUGCCCCGAUGGGAACUGUCUUUUUACCUGUUUGCUUCCCUAGGCUUCCACUUCUAUUCUUUCUAUGAAGUUUACAAAGUCUCCAGAGAACAUGAAGAGGAACUGGACCAAGAAUUUGACCUGGACACUGACACUUUAUUUGGAGGAUUAAAGAAGGACCCAACUGACUUUGAGUGGAGCUUCUGGAUGGAGUGGGGCAAGCAGCGGCUGGUGUGGCUUCUCCUUGGCCACAUGGGUGUGUCUCAAGUAGCCAACCUGCUUGCAAGGAAGCACAAACCCUGGAUCCUCACAGCCUAUGGGAUGUGGGCCUGCUGGUGUGUGCUGGGGACCCAAGGCACAGCCAUGGUUCUUAUUCACACCACCAUCUCCUUCUGUGUUGCCCAGUUCCGGUCGCUGUUCCUGUCAUGGCUCUGUUCUCUCUUCCUGCUCUCUACACUGAGGCUUCAAGAUGUGGAGGAAGUUAUGAGAGGGUGGUACCAGACGGAAAAUGAGUACUACUUGCUGCAGUUCACGCUGACCGUUCGCUGCCUGUACUACACCAGCUCCAGCCUGGAGCUCUGCUGGCAGCAGCCGCCGGCUGAGCGCCCCUUCUGCUCCUUUCCCUGGAUGGUGGCCUAUGUCUUCUACUACCCAGUCUUCCACAACGGGCCCAUCCUCAGCUUCCCGGAGUUCAUCGCACAGAUGCAGCGGCAGGAGCAGGGCUCGCCCAAGGCCAGCCUUUCCAUCCUUGCCCGGGGGCUGGGCCGCCUCCUCUCCUGUUGGUGGCUGGCGGAGCUGAUGAUUCAUUUUAUGUACAUGCACGCCAUCUACAGCAGCACCUCCCUCCUGAGGGCCGUCUCAUGUUGGACCUUAGGAGGACUGGCGUUGGCCCAAGUGCUCUUCUUCUAUGUGAAGUACUUGGUGCUCUUUGGUGUCCCAGCUCUGCUCAUGCGCCUGGAUGGACUCACGCCACCGCCCCUCCCUCGCUGUGUGAGCACCAUGUUCAGUUUCACGGGGAUGUGGAGGUAUUUUGACGUUGGACUGCAUGAUUUCUUAGUUAGGUAUGUGUACAUUCCAGCGGGCGGGUCCCAGCACGGCCUGCUAGGGACACUGUUUUCCACUGCAAUGACGUUUGCGUUUGUGAGCUUCUGGCAUGGUGGGAAUGACUACCUCUGGUGCUGGGCAACACUCAACUGGCUGGGAGUCACCGUGGAGAACGGAGUCCAGAGGCUUGUGCAGGCGCCACGUGUCCAGGACAGCUUGGCCCAGUUCCUCUCCCCACAAGCUCGCCGUCGACUCCAUGCUGCCCUGGCAUCUUGUUCCACCUCCAUGCUGAUCCUGUCCAACCUGGUGUUUCUUGGGGGCAAUCAAGUCGGGAAAAUCUACUGGAAUAGGAUCUUCAUACAAGGCUGGCCGUGUGUGACCCUCUCUGUCCUGGGAUUCCUGUACUGCUACUCCCACGUGGGCAUUGCCUGGGCCCAGACAUACUCCGUGAACUAAUGGCGCUGGGCCCCGGUCAGCCCUUUUGGCUGGCUUCCAAGACAAAUAGUGCUUCACCCUGACCUUGCACCUCAAGGUAACCUCCAGGGGAGCAGUGCCUGAUCUGCUCAUCUUUUGUCGAACUUACCUCACUCCAAGACUGGAAGCUUGAGCUCUCAUAACUUUGGGAACUUAGAGAUCAUCUUCCCAGCCUUCCUGUUGAGUAAGCUGGGGUCCAAAGCAGUAAAGUGUCUUGCCUAGCUGCACAUGGUGACGUGAUCCAGAAUCCAGUCCCAAGGGCCCUUUAGGUUCUUUCUCCUUUACCAAGAAUGAAAUGUAAUAGACAUUUCUUGACUGAGGCAUAGAAAUUCUCAUUAGUGAUAGGCCUGUCCUCCCCUGGGCGGUAUUUCUGAAACAUGUUGGGUCAGUGGCAUUCGAGUGUCCCCUUCCCCAUGUCCUGCAGUGUAGUCUGUAGAACCAGCCCUGGGUUCAGCUUCACACUUCAGCUCCUCAGCAGGGAGGUGACAAAGCCACAAAGCCAGGGAGGUGUUUCUAAUUACCGGGUCAGAGAAGACUGAAUGUGUUCUGUGGCAUUGCAAGGAGUCAGUACCCAAGGAGAGCUGUUACUUGAGCUGAUCUACAUUUGGCUGCUUCUUGCCUAGAUUUGCAGAGAAGUAUGAACAUGGCAGUCCCUCUACCUGACAGUUAACUCUUUCCCAAUAAAGAAGCAGAAUUUAAAAACCAAGGAAUAGUGUAUCACAGACAGGUGCUAUCAGGCAAGUCAUAGAGGGUAAAGAUGACUUCCUGUGGUCUCUCCUCUCUUCACACAAGUCUCAGCAGUCAUCUUCCCACUGAGCGGUUUACACGCUGUGGUUUACCUUGUUUUGUUUUGUUUCCAAUAAAAUGGAGCCUUUUCUAUCACAUAGAUAAUUCAUAUUUUUGUAAAAUUGUUUUGAAUAUUUUUUGAGGAAAAUGUUUAAAAUCAAAACACACGUACCUAAUUCUGAAUUAUUCACUCUCCUGGAAAGAUGCUGACAGGCCACUAAUGGCCCCAAGUGGUAGAUAAUUCAGAAUACUUCUGUGUGGCUUUGGAUUUUUUUCUUCUGAGGGGGCAAGAGGGUAAGUGAAGCAGUUUCAAAAUUUGAAUCCAGAGUGUACCCAAUUAUGGGAGAAUAGAACAUCUCAAGCACAUGAAUUAAUCGUCAUUGAGUGAAAGGUGCACCUGGACCUGGUCUGGGCCCCGCUGUCUCCCGUUAGUCAUUUGCUGUUGUCCUUGUGUCCGGGCUGUGGUUAUUAGCUCAACGAGGUUUAAACUCCUGGUGCAGGACCAUUUUGCCGACGUGCUUUCUUCCUAGCCACUCUGCUCGGAAGAGAGUUGGGAGGGGACCAGCCAUGGAUGCCAGGGAGGGGCACACACCGUGUUAGCUGCAGCAAAGGACAGAGG